GCUGCAGCAAGUACAUUUGAAGACUAAAAGUUUGUUUUUGUUAUUAUUAUUAUUAUUCAGUUCGAAGCUGGAAUUUGAUGUAUUAUAAUCAUGCUGGAAGUUCAUACAGUUUUCUUUGUUAAAGCAAGGACAGUUGCUAUCGGCAACCCGCUCAUUCUUUCACCCAGAACAUAUAUAAUGGAAAAUAAUAAUAGUUAUGGUUCCAGUACGAUUUUUGUUUAAUAUCUUGCAAUCCUGUUCACGAAGGAGCAAUGAUGAAGAAAAAGCCUCCAGCUAAUGCAGAUUGACUGAGUUUGCUGGUUUACUUCUCAUGUGUGGCUAACAAUUAAAUACGAUUUAAUUACCUCGUGCAGAUGAAAGAGUUGGGUUUUGAACAAUCUUUGAGUUCAGAUUGGCUUGAGCUUCGCUGGAAGUCAGAAUUUGUAAGCCUAAUAACUGACCUUUUGGUUCAGAUAAGCUGUCUCAUGGAUUAAAAAACAUUCAAAGUGAAAUCCUUUCUAUUAUUAUAUUUAUGAAUAAUAAAUCAAAAUUUUAUUGUUUAUAAGGUGUAGUUUUCAUCUAAUAAGUAAUAAUAUACCCAAAUUUAGUUUUGAGCCAUUAAAAAAAGACAAAAAGAAAAAAAAAAAUUUGCGGCACUAGUCCAAUAAAAUUUCUCGUUUUAUUGUUUUACUUUAAAAUACGUCAGAGAUGCUAGAAAAUAUUCCCUUUAUUCGAUUUUAAAGGGAAUCAUCGAAGAUGCUCUUAAGGAUUCACCUGCAGGACAAUAUGAGGUUUCUGUUGGACAAACCUCUCAGUUCAGUUCGUGUUUAUUUCAGUCACUGCCAAUCGAGAGGAUUAGGCCAGUCCGUAAAAUAUACUUUUCAUACUAAAAGAGAUGUUCUGAAAUUGAAUCCGACUUUUAUUUCCAACCUGUCUGUGAGUUAAGUUUUGAUCAGAUUAUUCGUAUAUACGACAUUAUAUUUUUGCUUUUCUGAUUUGGGUUUUGUUACUACGUCUCUGUUUAUCUUCACGUUUCUACUCUAUUUACUUUUCCCUGUAAAAGUUUCCUCUGAACUAUGAUUGUUAUUCUUGGAGAUCAAAAUGGUGCAAUAUUUCAUAACUUUUAAAAGUUUUCAUGCAAAUAUAACGUUUUACUCCUAAUGAUAUCAACCUGUAAUGUUUAUGGCACAGCAAAAAGUAACAAUAAUUGCAAUGAAUUUGAUCUGCAUGAUCUGUACCAAAACUUUUCUUUUCAUGAUUCGUGUCUGUACGAUGAAUCUCAAGUUUUCUUAAAAACAGUCUUUGGUUUUAAUGAAUCUCAAGAAUCCAGCUUGGGUAGGCAGGCACCAACAUGUAAAUUUUUAGCUUUAACCAAAAUUUUCAGCAUUUGGUUCUUUUAACCAAAAUGAUUUCAAGAUUGUAAGUUAUUCUAUUAACUGACAAAAAAGAAUUAGAAGCUGGUAUAAUUAUAAUUUAUACAAGAACAUUUUGUGUAACAUUUUCAGGUUCUGGGUCAAACCAAUCUAGCAAAAAGAGCAACAAAAAAGAACUUGAUGGUCAAGGCAUUGACACAAGAAUACACAUACAAGCAUCCAUGGGAGAGAGUAACUUGUGCAUUUUGGAGAAAGUUCUCUGAUCCAGAGAAUAAAAGGAUGUUACCCUAUAUCAAAGAAGUUCAAACGCUGAACCAGAAGCUUGACCCUGCUACUGGAAAACUUUACACCACUCAAGCAAUUACACUCCAUGCCCCUGGACCAUGGUUCAUUCACAAAAUUGUUGGGCUAGAUAUCUGUGAGUGUGUUGAACUAACUGUUAUGGAUGGUCGAUCACGUUCGGUGCAACUCACAUCACGUAAUGUCAGUCUUCAAAAGUUCAUUGAAGUGGAGGAGAAGAUUCAGUAUGAUCCUCAUCCAGACAAUCCUAGUGGAUGGACAAUCUGCCGGCAAGAGACUGGCUUUCAGAUAAAGCCCUUAUUAGCUCUGUCCCCAGUGGCAGAAAUGGUGGAGCAAAAAUGUGCAGAGAAAUGUGUACAAAAUAGUGCCAAGUGUAGAGAGGUUAUGGAGAGGAUUUGUAAGUUUCUUGAGGUUGAAUCUAGUGGGAUUGCAAUCUGAUAUUCCAAUUUAACUUUCAUUGAUUAUGUGACUAUUAUUUCCCCGGAAUCUAGAUAUUGGUUCUAACUUGCUUAAUAAAAGGACUUUUAUUAAAUGUAUAUUUCUCUUCUAUGGCAUUCAAGAAGAUGCUUGAUAUCAAUUCCCUGUCCGCUUAUGUUGUGUGAUUUUGAAUAUUAUAGUUUGUGAGGAGCGAUGCACGGUUUAGUUGUUAUAUGUGAUCAAUUGUCUAUAUCACGGGCAACAAACAUGCUGGAGUCGGCCUUUUUCCUUAAUUUCUGGCCAGCAUUCUGGAGUCAUUGUUGAUGUGCUAUGCUCCUAUUAUUAUUAUUAUUACUUUUUAUUUUUAUUUUUCUCCCCGCCAAUAUAGCAUGCUAGCUUAUGAAUGUGCUUUGUUGAUGUGCCAUGCUUUUAUUAUUAUUAUUAUUUGUUUUACUUUUUUAAUUUUUUUUUCUCCCUGUAAAAUAUAGCAUGCUAGCUUUUAAUGUGCUUCCAAAAGCAAAUUACAAUCACAAAUUAGAAAAUUACAAAAAUUAUAUCAAGUGCAUGAUGAAUGCAAUCUUGUUUCCCUGUUUAUAAUGUCUGAAAUUGCAAUUCUAUCGUGAGCACUAUAAGUGAUCCUCUGUUCACAUUAAAAGGAAAAGCUCAUGGUUUUUGACUUCAGGAUUAAAUUAAAAAAAUUCAGGAAUAUGGAAUAAUCUGAAUAUGCACAGUGAAAGAGUAUCGUAGUUACUAGGAUUAUGCGUAAUAGCCAUACCAAUAAUUUACAGUGCUCGCCACAUAUUAUCCAUGAAUGCCUUCCAUAUCAUCUGAGAUUUGCACAUACCACUGACAUGUACUACUACAGAGAAAUGCCAGAAACAGAAUAGACACAUUACAAAGCUAAUCAUGAUAACGUCCACCAAACCAUCAGGGAUUACAACUUAAAAGACACUGGAUCCAACUUAUGAAAUUCUCGCCAAUCACAACAAA